CUGCCAGGACCCAGCAGUAAACAAUGGAGCCAGAUAUAAAAGUGAAUGAAGAUUUCAAAAGCCAGUUUAAGGCUUAUCAGGAGCAACAGCAAAGGCGGCUGCAAAAUUUGGUGGAGAGGAAGAAGGAAAAGCAGAACAGCCAGAAGAACACAGGCAGCACCAAGGAGACUGUAAGAGCCCUGAGUGAUCUAAACCUGUUUAAAAAAGGACCUCCUGUAAAGGAAGAUGCCAGCAAAAGUUUUCUUGAGGCUGAGAAUGAGCAGCUGCAGAAUCAGCUCCGAGAGGUCCGGGAUGAGAACUGCAGGCUCUACAAACUGGUGUCAGAGAAAGAUUUUGAGAUAAAGCAGCUCCAGAAAAGAGUGCAGGAGGAGAGGUUGGCUCUGUCAGGGGUGUCUGGUUUAGCUGGAGACGUGGCAGCCACUAAAAUAGUUGAGUUGGCCAAAAAGAACCGUGAGAUGACUGCUGAGUUUGAGAGUGAGAGAGCCAGAGUGAAGCAGCUGAAUCACAAAGUCAAGGAGCUGGAGAGAGAACUACAGGCAGCCACAGACCAAAUCCAUUCCCUUGGUGGUGAUGCUGCAGGAAUCAAGGAAUCAACUCUGAAAAUGCUGCAAGGAAACUUGGCUGAAAGUCCAGAGAUGAAAGCACUGCAAGAAAAAUUGAGCACAGCCAACAUGAAAGUGACAGAAUAUCGGAACCAGCUCCAGAAUGUGAAACAGGAACUGAAGCUGACCCAAAAGGUUUUAGCCAAAGAAGUUGGGGAAGAUGUGAAUAUCCAGAGUCUCUUGACCAAUUCUGGCAGCUGGCGUGGACGAGCUCAGCAAAUUCUUCUUCUCCAAACCAGGGUUCAAGAGCUGGAGCAUAAAUUGAGUCAAAACAAGAUCAGAACUUCACUGCUUGAGACAGAUGAGGGAUUCCUGGAAUUUGCUGAUCCAAAGAAGUUGUCAGUCCAAGAGAAGAACUUGCUGAAGAUUCGCAGCUUGGAAAAAGAAAAGAAGGAAUCUUUGGAGAAACUCACCGAGCAGCACAACACUCUCCAAAAAAACCAUGAUGAAUUGAAAAAAAGGCUUGAUGCUUCAAGAGCCAGGAACCAAAUGCUGUGUAGAGAAGUCAAGAUGCUGAAGAAACAGAUUGGAACCUUGCUGGAGAAAGGGAAACACGAUGAUGAGCUCAUUGAUGCCUUGCUGAGCCAGCAGAAGCAAAUGCAGGAGAUCUUAAAGGGCCUGAGCCAGAAGGAGGAUGAGAAAAAGGAGUCUCAGCAGAUGGUGGAGCACAACUUGAAAAAUGAGAUUCGGCUACAGAACACCCUGAUAGGCCAGCUCAUGGAGGCGGUGGUUGAUCCAGAAAUAAAGUUUCCAGCACUGGAAAAGUCAGGAGCUGCUCAUCCACCACACUCUGAGCACUCAGGAUUACCUGUGGGAUCAGACAGCAGCAAGGCUGGAAGAACAGAAUCUGCCUGCACAGUGUCCACGAUGGGCCACAUGCUCGUGGAGUCAGCAGCCACAGAGCCUUUCCUCCUCAGGUAUACCAUCCCAUCUGAAAGGUUUGAUGGCACAGACAGCUUGAGCUGGGCAAUGCUGGAGAGAGAGCUCACAGAGCAAAAGGCUCAGUGCCAGGCUGCUGAAAUGGAGAGGAACAAGCUCCUGGAGAUGGUGACUGUGCUGCAGCAAAGGAUGAGUGAAAGCAGCAACAAAUUCUUGGAAGCUGAGAAGAAGCUUGAGGAAGAGCAGCAGCGGAGUGACUUCUUGGAACAGCAGCUUGAAAAGCUGCAGGUGGAUCCAGGGAGCAGCAAAGCUGCACAGAAACCUGUCCUGAGGAAAACAAAAGCCCAGCCAAGCCUCCCCUCGGUUGUGAGUGACGGAGAGGAGCUCCCUGCAGCCCUGCCCCAGCUGCCCCUGGAAUCUCAGGUGGAGGAGCUGAGUAUGAGGCCUGGCAUCCAGCUGGAUGAGAACAAAGGCUGAAGGCUGCUCUGGAGGUGACUGUGAGAAAGAAGAGGAAGAUUUUAAGCUGUAUCAAGUGAUAGUGGAGCAAGAGUAGGAUAGCUUUUCACAGGCCAUGCAGCAGCACACACAGGGGAAGAGUAAAGCCAGAUAUUCCUUUGGGCUGCAGAGCAGGGAGACAGCCCAGGUACCAGUGUCAUUCUGCAGCCUCAGAUCGUGUCAUUUCUUUAGCAUUUGCAGGAGAGGAUGAGAAAGAGAGAUGAAAUACAAAAAGUGAAGGUUUUAAGUGUCAGCAGCUUCUGUCUGUGAGGGCUGGCAAGCAGGGCUGGCUGGUGCAGUUUGUGAAGCUGCAGUUCUGCAGGGGGAUUUUGGGCAAAACCUCCCAGGUUUCAGCACAGUGUUCCCUGAGAGGGCUUGAUAUUUAAUCUGCUGCUGCCUUUAUCAGCUCAGGAAGGAAUUUGCUGUAUAAAAGUUAGGCCAGCCCCCUUCCUUAGAACAAAACAAGCUCUGUUUUUAUCCCCACACUGCUACCUGCCUGUCUCAGGCUUUCUGUGGCACUUCAGUGCUGAGGCACAGGGUUAGCCUGGCUGGGACUAUCUGCAGAUCAGCUUUGGGUGGGCUCCUUUCAUCAUCCAACCUCUUUCUUUGCUUGAACAUACUGGCAGCAGUUUCCUGAAACUCCAGUGAGUUUCCACUAAAGAGCUGUGCAGAUUACCCCUGCAAUGAGUCAACCUACCUUAAACUCAGCUCAUUCCAUACAAAACUUGCCAUCCAGGUUAUGAAUUCCCUGUUUCUGGGACUCUGCAUUCAUCCAUCCAUCAGGCAGAUCUUGUUCUCUCUGUGAAAAAAUGCUACAAAAUGCAGGCAGGUCUUCACUGCAGCAGUGCUGGGACUUCUGGAGCUGCUGCAAGCCCUGCCAGCCCUGUCCUUCUCUCCUGCAGCACAGUGAGGACACAGAGUGCAAGCUAAUCAGGCAUUGCCAUGCAGCCUGCCAGUGCAGAGCAGCCUUGGGGAUUCCAGGCAAAUGGAGAGCCAGGCAUUUUUGUACACUGCUGCUUUGUUUCCCACUUGAAAGUCUUGAAAGCUUCUCUUUUUCUCCUUUGCUUUGUCAGCCUCUUUUUAUGAGCCUGAAGUUUGUCAGGCUUUAACCCCAGCCAGCACUACCAGUGCAAAGUGGAUCUGUGGGCAUGAAAACCACUGCUCCCUUCCCCAGCAUGGGGAAUUCAUCCUGACUCCUCUGUGCAGAGUGGAAAAAAGCAGAGCAGGAGUCACUCCAGAUGUGUUGUACCCAUGUUUUUUCCUGUUUAGAUUCAGAAAUGCCUCUCUUCAUGAAAUGUCUUUUCAAACAGUUCCUGGAGUCCCUGAUGGAGGGAAGUCAGGGAGCUGGGGAUAAGCUCAGCACCUGAGAGUUAGCAGGGAAUUAACCCUCCCUGUGCUCACAAGGCUGCUCCACUCCCCCAGCACUGCCCUAGAGCUCAGCCCAGCUCUCAGAAGCCUCUCUCACAAAAAGCAGGAUGAUUCAUUGCAAUAUUUUUCCUGCCAGUAGCAUCAGAGGAAAAAAGCAUCUUGCAGCCCUC